AAAACACACCAUGCAUACACAAUGCAGCAGGACAUGCAAAUCUAAAUCUAAAAUUAUUAAGAUUUCCAAUCGAUCUCCACUUCUUCUAUCUAUCGGCAACAUUAAUUAGUAUCACCAUAUCCAUCAAUACGGAUACAUAAUUAUCAGUUAAUGCAGGCCACGGUGCAUGUAUAACUACCGAGCACAUACACACCCUCUCUCAUCGUGUCUGACCAUGUCGUCCAGCAAGCAGGUUGUGGUGGCCACCGUCGCUCUAGCGCUGCUCCUCCACGCUUCACAUCUUGCAGCCGGAGCCGAAGGAGAAACGGUGACACCGUUGAGCACAUGCGAAACCCCGAUCUGCGUCCCCUGCUGGGGCAAGAACCAGGUCUGCAUCGCCGCUUGCGUUGCGUUGCGCUACACCGGCGGUUUCUGCAAUGGUGACACCUGCGUAUGCACCAAGCAGUGCCUUGCGGAAGCGGAAGCGGUGGCGGAGGCUGGUGGGCCGUCCCCGCCGCCCGUGCAGCCGCCGCCGCUCGGGAAGCGUGGGAUGGGAAUGCUCAAGUGAUGGACGAUUACGUAGCUUGUUGGCCGACAGAUGGCUGAGGCAUAUGUCAAAUAAACUCUCAUUGUUAAAACAUAAUAUAUUCUACUAGGUAUAUGUC